AUGGCCGCUGCCUCGCAGAAUAUCGUCAAGAGAGUAGCAAAGAUUUGCCCAGAAUUGGUCCCAACACUCGCCGUGAAAGGGGUCCCAGCUUCCAGCGCAGUCCUUCAUCGCUCACUUAAAAGCGCUCCACCUCACGUGGUAUCGGCAAAGGGCAAACAUUUGACAUUUUCCGAUGGCCGAACCAUCCUAGAUUCAACAUGCGGCGCAGCAGUAGCGUGCAUAGGAUCGAACAAUGAACGGGUCAAAAAGGCUAUGGUUGAGCAGAUUGACAAGUUCGCCUAUUGCAACUCUAUGUUCUUUGGUCACGAGAUUGGGGAGAAGCUGGCUGAUGAACUCAUUGACGGGACAGGCGGUGCCAUGUCGAAGGCGUACAUUAUGUGCUCUGGCUCCGAGGCAAUGGAAUCUUCGAUGAAGAUGGCACGACAGUAUUUCAUGGAGCUGUCUCCACAAGAGCCAAAGCGAAUCAACUUCAUUGCGAGAGAAGGAUCUUACCAUGGCACGACUCUUGGCUCUCUAUCAAUGAGUGGUCAUGUCGCGCGCCGGAGUCUAUUCCUCGAUAUGUUACUUCCGAACAUUUACAGAGUGUCUGCCUGCAACCCUUAUCGCGGCAUGAGCGAGGGCCAAACCACCGAGGAAUACAUCGCUCAGUUGGCCGAUGAGUUAGAUCAAAAGUUCCAAGAGCUUGGCCCUAAUACUGUGUGUGCGUUUGUAGCAGAGCCUAUUGUUGGUGCAACUCUAGGUUGUGUUCCGGCCCCACCUGGAUACUUCAAAGCCAUGAGAAAGGUUUGCGACAAGUAUGGCGCCCUUCUCAUCUUAGAUGAGGUCAUGUCCGGCAUGGGCCGCUGCGGCUCCUUGCAUGCUUGGCAACAGGAAGGGGUUGUCCCCGAUAUUCAGACACUUGCCAAGGGUCUCGGUGGCGGCUACGCGCCCAUGGCGGGCAUGCUUAUCAACCACCGCGUGGCUGACUCCCUCAAGAAUGGUAGCGGCUCAUUCUCACACGGUCACACGUAUCAAGGCCAUCCGGUGGGAUGUGCCGCCGCACUAGAAGUCCAGCGGAUCAUUCGCGAAGAAAAUCUUAUUGAGAACGUUCGAAAUCAGGGCGCUCUGCUUGAGGCGCGCUUGAGGUACUACCUAGAUGACCAUCCUCAUGUUGGCAACAUCCGAGGCAAAGGCCUCUUUUGGGGGAUCGAGUUCGUCAUGGACAAACAAACCAAAGAACCAUUCCCAAGAUCUGAGGAUAUUGCCAAUAAAACCCAUCUCAUUGGGUUCAAAGAUUUCGGUAUCAGCUUGUAUCCUGGAAUGGGAACGAAAGAUGGUAUUUUGGGCGACCACGUCCUUCUUGCGCCGGCAUACACCAGCACUGGUGAAGAGAUUGAGGAAAUCGCAUCCAGGACUCGAGAUACUAUCUUCCAGGUAUUCAAGAGCAUUGGAACUUCAACCGGUGUUUGA